AUGAAAGCACGACUGUCGUGCGAAUCAAGAAGCAAGUCUGAGCUGGAAGAAACAACGUUUGAGUGUCGCGCACAGUCCAUCUUGCGACCUUCAACCACACCACCAUACACUUGCAUCACAAUGGCGCCGAGUGUACCGCUCAUGAGCAGCAGCACAACGCUGCUCGUGCUGAUCGCCACCCUGAUCGCGGCAUGCUUGCCUUCAGUACACGCGGUAGCAAUCCCAAGUUCAAAGGACUGGACCAACACCAACUACAUCAAGCAGAUCGACCUCACCGGUUCCACAUCGCAUACGCUUACCACCGUCUUCAUCAAGCCCAACUCAAAUCCUAGCAACGCUGCUGCAACAACGCUCCCAUACUACUUUCUCCUCAGCGCACACGAAGCACAUCAAUUGUCAUGGACUCGAUUGACAGUCAAACCUGCGCUCGACUCGCAACUCGCUGCCACCUCCGAGUUCAAAGGUGGUGCACGACCGGUGAUCACGCUCGAGAACCUCGGUGAGGUGGAUGGAGAUGCUGAAAAGACCUACCUUUUCGAGGCAAACAUUCCCUCCGACGUUCUGGGCGCCGACGGUGCUUCUCUCACGCUCGAAACCACUCUCAACCACGUCUCGCUUCCAUUGCCGAGCACCGUAAAACAGACUGACCCGCAACUCUUCCUCUGGCAAGGAGACGCUGCCAUUCGCUCACCCUACACCACUCUCACCGGUCGCAUCAAGGUCAAAGCACCCUCGCCCAAGAUUCUCUCCUUCACCCCGUCAGACGCCACUAAAUCCGGCUCCAUCGUCACCUACGGUCCCUUCUCCGACGUUGCUCCCUUCCAGCCCUCAUCUCCACUCACCCCGGCCUCGGUCCACUACCAAUCCGACACCCCGCACGCGACCAUUGUCGACCUUCAACGCACCGCCGAAAUCAGCCACUGGGGCGACGCACUCUCCAUCACCGACCGCAUCCUCCUCCGCAACUCUGGCCCUACCCUCAAAGGCCAUUUCUCGCGCAUCGAACACCAGAUGGCUUCGUUCUACAAUCGCGGUUCCGGCACCGCCCUCUCCUCGCUCUCCUUCACCCUACCUGCUGGUGUGCGAGACCCGUGGUUCAUCGACCAGAUCGGAAACGUCUCCACCUCUCGUUUCCGUUCGUCUCCACCCAAUCCGGCGCUUGUCACCUCUUCCGUCGGCGUCCCCGCCUCCAACAGCGUCGCGAGCAAGAUGUCGCUGCUCGAACUCCAACCCCGCUUCCCGCUCCUCGGCGGGUGGAACUACACCUUCAGCAUCGGCUACACCCUCCCGCUCUCCGCCGGCUGGACCAAACGCCUCCUCGGUUCGGACGACUACGUCACCGCCGUACCGCUCUUCACCCCGCUCAAGGACGUUGCUACCGACAGCGUUUCCACCACCAUCGUCCUGCCGGAAGGCGCUACCCGAAUCUCGAUUGAAUUGCCUUUCGAAAUGGACAGCGUCGACAACGGAAUUACGAAGACUUACCUGGAUACUGUGGGUAGACCCUCGAUCAGGGUGGAGAAGAGCCGGUGCUCGCCGGAGCAUGCGCAGCUGGUGUAUGUCAAGUAUACGUUGACUCACAGAGCGAACAUGAUCAAGGUGGCCGCGGUUGCGGCCGUGGCAGGGUUGUUGUUGGUGGGUACGGCGGUGGUGCAGAGGGUCGAGACCAAGAUCCGCUGA